GAGGUUGAGAAUUGAGAGCCAGAUAAUCUCAUAAUCAUGGACGAGAAGCAUCUCUCUCUCGAAUCAGCUUUUCACGAUGACAACGAAAACAAUGCCAGCAACAGCAACCAUGGCUGGCAGAAGGUCACUUAUGCGAAACGCCAAAGAAAUAGCUCUGCGAAGAAUACAGAUGCAGGUGCCGAUCUCGGCAAAUUCCGUAUCAAUGGAUCCGCCGGUGGCGACAAGUCGAACGUUUUUCAGUCUCUCGAGCAAAAAGCUGAAGAACGCCGCAGAGCCCUAGAAGCUCAGAAGGCGACCGCAGCUGCUGCUGCGGCCGCGGCUGUUCCCAGAUCGAAACACCAUUACGAUGAUGAUGGAGACGACAGCGAUGUUGAAGUUUCCGGUGGUGUUGAGAAUGGGACUGCUGAGGUUAAGAAGCCAAAGCAGAAGAAGCCCAAGAAACCUAAGGUUACUGUGGCCGAUGCUGCUUCCAAUAUAGAUGCUUCUCAUCUCAACGCCUACCUCAUUGAUGUUACGGCAUCGUACGAAUCACAGCAGGAUAUCCAGCUAAUGCGUUUUGCUGAUUACUUCGCUCGCGCCUUCUCUGCGGUUAGCGCAGCCCAGUUCCCGUGGACGAAGAUUUUCAAGGAGUCCCCGGUUGCAAAGAUCGUUGAUAUACCUCUUUCUCACAUUUCUGAGGCUGUUUAUAAGACAUCAGCUGACUGGAUCAGCCAGCGGUCUUCUGAUGCUCUUGUUGGCUUUGUUUUAUGGUCACUAGAUAGCAUUCUAGCUGACCUUGCAAUACAUCAAGGUCCUGCUAAGGGCUCCAAGAAGGUGGCUCAUCAGGCUCCUUCUAAGACUCAGGUUGCAAUUUUCAUAGUUUUAGCAAUAGUAUUGCGCCGAAAACCUGACAUGUUAAUCAGUAUAUUGCCAAGCUUGAUGGAAAAUUCUAAAUAUCAAGGACAAGAUAAACUUCCAGUUAUCGUCUGGGUAAUUGCUCAGGCCUCUCAAGGAGACCUGGUUGUAGGGAUGUAUUCGUGGGUGCAUAUCCUAUUGCCUAUGGUUAGUGGCAAAGCAAGUAGUAAUCCACAGUCCAGGGACUUGAUUUUGCAGUUAGUGGAGAGAAUUUUGUCUUUGCCAAAAGCUCGGACUAUUUUACUGAAUGGUGUUGCUAGGAAGGGGGAGCGUUUGGUGCCACCUUCAGCUCUUGAACAGUUGAUGCGAGUUACUUUCCCUGCUUCAUCAGCUCGAGUCAAGGCCACUGAAAGGUUUGACGCAAUAUAUCCUUCUCUGAAAGAACUUGCUAUUUCUGGUGUCUCUGGAAGUAAAGCAAUGAAGCAAGUUUCGCAGCAGCUAUUGAGCUUUGCAAUUCAAGCCGUGGUUGAAAGCAUCCCAGAAUUAUCUAAAGAAGCAACUGGCAUUUUCAUCUGGUGUUUGACCGAAAAUCCUGAUUGUUACAAGCAAUGGGACAAACUUUACCUGGAUAAUAUUGAAGCUAGCGUUCUUGUGUUGAGAAGGCUGACUGACGAAUGGAAGCAACAUUCUGUUAAACACUCCUCUCUUGACCCUUUGAAGGGGACUCUCAAGAGCUUCAGACACAAGAAUGAGAAAGAAUUGGCUAGUGGAAUUGAUGCUCAUUCUCAGGCAUCCAUCAAGGAGGCAGACAAGUACUGUAAGGCGUUAUUGGGAAGACUAUCACAUGGAAAUGCAUGCUUGAAGAGCACGAUGUUUGCAGCCAUUGUAUUGGCUGUUGGUGCCAUCAUCAUGUCACCAGAAAUGGAGUCCUGGGACUGGAAGAAAUUAUCUGUGAUGUUCAACUCCCAACAAUCCUUCUGAGCUUACUUUAGGGUAGAGACUGGUCACUGAUGGUGCCCCAACAGCAAAUAUGACUUUACUAUGCCCGGCGCUUAGAAAAUGUAAGCAAGCUUGCCCAUAAGGAAGGGGCAGAAGAUGAGGUAUUUAUUGUAACCCUUGCAAAGUCUCAUUGGGUUAGUGAAACUAGAGUUAGGGGAAAGAGAGUCAAAUGCAGUAUGGAAGGUACUAGUUGGCUCACAAAGAGGAAAAGAGAUUCAGUGAUUCUGUUUAGUUGGUUCAAGUUGUCAGGAUUAAUUUGGUUUUUCUGUUUCAUUUCAUAUAUGUUAGAUUAAUAUAAUGGUUUGUUUUAAGUUA